GUGUAGCAAGACCAGUGUGAUUUCUCAGCCGACUGGAUCACAGCAUGCAUAGGUGGCUGACUGCAAACCAUAUAUAAGACACUGUCCCAUAAUGCUUGAGCAGAUCACCACAUGCCUCAUCCAUUCCUAAUGCACAAGCACGGCUCUUACACCUUAGGAAGUAGAUAGUAGAAGGGAUUGGAGAAGGGACGGAAACGAGAGCUGGAGGGAGAGCAGACCCUGCAAAAUUAGUUAAGUCGAGGGCUGAGGGCCAAGGCAGGGGAGAUCCCUGCAUUGGGUCCCAUUCUCCGUCUCCUAAGCCCCCCCACGACAACAACGGGCAAGGGAUUGGGGGGGGGGGGGAGCGACAGUGCUUUGCGGGGUGGCCGAAAAGCCAACAUUUCUUGCAUUGACGGGGAGGAUGUCGUUAUGGUCUGACUUGUGGCCGUAUUCACAAACGAUGCGAAGACCUUAUACGACGACCUUAUACAAACAUCGUAUAAGCUCGAUGGUGCGUACCCAGAAACACUACGAAGGGCGGGACUUUGCGACGGCGAUCGCAUCAUUUACCAGGCGUACCAACAUUCCGAUUGCUGUGAUGGUGGGCAAGGUUGGUAUGCCGCGCAUCACCUGUUCAACGUAAACAAGCAUGAACGCUAAGAAGACAGACCGUACAAUUCCUCUCUCUGAAAAGCAACAGCUUUGCCUGGUGAGUCUCGUCACCGAGAGAGCUGACGUGGUUCAGUGUAAGAGCCAGGACCCCAUGCUCCUGAAUAGAAAAAAGAAGAUUUGGGAUAAAAUUGAAGCUGAGUUUCGUGCAAGAAACCCAGGAUGUGAGCCUCGUGGAGCACAGCAGCUCAAGUGGUCAUGGGACCACAUUAAACGGAGAGUGAAACAGGAGCAGGCAAAGCAGAAGAGAAGGAGAAGUACUACUGGUGGAGGUCCACCACCAAGUCCACCAAGCAUGACUGAGGCAAUGUCUGCUGCUGCCAUAAUCAUGGGUCAUGAGCUGGCCAUGAACGAUGAGCCAUACGACUCAAUAGGGUUACACCCUGUUGAUGAGGACGGUGAUCCAAUUGCCAGUGUGUCCAUAGAUCUUAUAGAUCUACAACAGCCAAGCACAUUCAGUGUCCCUGCUCCAUCCAUUUCUUCCUUCACUCCUGUUCCAUCCCCAUCCCUUAAUCCUUUUUCCUAUUCAACCACUACCUCCACUCCCUUCACUCCUGUUCCAGCCCCUUCCCUUAAUCCUUUUUCCUAUUCAACCACUACCUCCACUAACCCAUUUCACUCCAAUCCUUCCUCCUUCCUUAGUUUUCCCCAUCUCCCUUCUGCAUAUCUCCCACCUACACCUUCACCUUCCAUAGUCGCCCAACACCUUCUCAAAUUCCUUCUACUCCUUCCCCUUCACUAGUCCCACCUUCUUCACCAUUUCCACCUUCUCCUUCACCGGUCACCACCCCUUCACCCUGUAUUGUUGAGACUCCAGUCCAGGAACCUCCAAAGAAGAGGAAGAGGACAAUACAGGAAGAUGUAUUUGAAAAGGCCCAGGAGAGGCAGGACAGCUUUCUCAGACAGAAGGAGAGGAGAUUGGAGGAACAACACCAGGCACAAAUGCAACUAUAUGUAAGGACAAAUCAGCUGUUGGAGAAUGGUGACCAACACAUUAAAGCACUGUCUGGUAGGCUUGGAUGCUUUUUAGACGCAGGGCACGAGGCAUACACGAGCAUGUCUGAAGCGUAUAAGAUGAUUGCAGAGUCAAUUAGGCGACAGCACAAUAUGUAAUGUUUGUGUUUAUUUAUUAUUACCAUUAUUAUUGUUUUAUUAUUUUAUUUAUUUGUAUUUUUUUCUUUUGUUUUUGGGAUACAAGAAAAAUUACUUAUUUUCUUUGGAGAAGUUUUUUGCUUUGUAAUAUUACAUCAUAGUCUAGGAAUUUGUUUAAAUCUGGUACAUAUAUUCUUGAUGUUGAAGACCCAAAUUCUGUUUCAAGUCAAUCAGGCGUUUGGGGACAGAAUUAUGGGGUUUUGAAAAUUAUAGUAUUUCAGGCCUUUUCGCAUUCCUCCCCCCCCAGAAAAAAAAUUGUAGAAAUUUCUUUAUAUCCUAGGCAGGCCAGUGAGGGCUCAUUUUGAAGCUCUGAGAUAUAACCAAUAAUGGAUUUGGACCAGUGCUAGGGAAAGUGUUAUGAAAUGUACUUGAAAAACAAACUUUUUUUCCAUUUAUCUCUGAGAAUUAGUACCCCCCCCCCUGACUGUUUCUUGUGCCAAUCAGUUGUUUAAUCAGAGUGGAACCUCAAAGGGUUUUGAAGCUGUGAAUCUUUUUAUUGGGUUAUUACAUGUGAAUUCAACAGGAGUUAGAUUACCUCAUAGCUUAGGAUUUUGUUCAAAUUUGGUAUAAAUUUUCUUCUUGGUGUGGAAGACCCCAAUUCCAAAUUUCAAGCCAAUUAGGGUUUUGGGGACAAAAUUAUGGUGUUUUGAAUAUUUUAGUAUUUUGGGGUUUUGCACAGCCCCCUGAAAGGAAAAAGAGUAGUGUUUUCUUUCAUAAUAACCCCAGAAAGGCCAGUGAGUGCUCAUUUUGAAGCUCUCUUUGAGAUAUGUCCAGAAAUGCAUUUGGACCAGUGCUAGGGAAAGCAUAUGAAAUGUACUUGAUAAUAUACUUUCCCUAACACUGGUUCAAAUGCAUCUCUGGACAUAUCUCAAAGAGAGCUUCAAAAUGAGCCCUCACUGGCUUUCCUAAGGUUAUUAUAAAAGAAAAUACUACAAUGUUUCCUUUCGGGGGUUGCGCGAAACUCCUAAAUACUAUAAUUUUCACAAGAUAAUUUUGUUCUCAAAACCCUAAUUGGCUUGAAAUUUGGAAUUUGAGUCUUCCACAUCAAGAAGAAUAUAAGUACCAAAUGUAAACAAAAUCCUAAGCUAUGAUUUAAUAUUGCUAUCAAACUCCUGUUGAAUUCAUAUAGAAUGACCCAAUAAAAAGAUUCAUAGCUUCAAAACUCUUUGAAGUUCCACUCUGCUUUUUCUAUCCUGAAUAGUUUGAUUAAACAACUGAUUGGCACAAGAAAUAUGCUGUGUGUGUGGGGGGGAUACUAAUUCUCUGGGAUAAAUGGAAAAAAAAUCUUUGUUUUUCAAGUAUAUUCCAUAACAUACUUAACCUGUUGCUGGUCCAAAUGCAUUUCUGGACAUAUCUCAAAGAGAGCUUCAAAAUGAGUCCUUACUGGCUUUCCUGGGGUUAUUAUAAAUGAAAAUACUAACAUUUUUCCUUCUGGGAGGCUGCGUAAAACCCCGAAAUACUAUAAUUUUCAAAACCCCCAAAUUUUGUCCUCAAAAGCCUGAUUGACUUGAAACUUGGAAGUUGCAUCUCCCACAUCAAAAUUAUCAAGUUAUUUAUGGUGUUUUUUUUGUGAAAGGAAAAGAAUCUGUGAUAAUUGUAAAUGUAAAUGUCUUUAUGUCUGUGAUAGCAAGAAAUGUGUGAUAAAAGAAAAAAUAAAGGUUUCUGUGAUAAAAGAUAAAUGCCAAUUUUGUUAGAAGUAAUCAUAUUGAUAAUGUUUUGUAAUGAACUACCAAAGAAGUUUAAUUUUGUAUUGAGAAAAAUAAAUAUUUUUUGCCAA